AUGUCCCAGGAACUGCAGAAGACCCUGCCGCAGUACAUGGUGCCCAGCAGGAUCACAGCUCUGUCCAGCCUGCCAUUGACGCCCAACGGCAAGAUUGACAAGCAGCGGCUGAUUGCCGAAUCCUGCGCAGAGGCAGUCGACAGCAAUGAUCAGGAUGUGAGCUUCUUCGCCGCUCCUGAAACUUUGCUCGAGGGCAAGCUUUCUGCUGCAGCAGCUGAAGCGUUGGGCCUUGAAAAGAUUGGAGUGACCACAGACCUUCGAACAGCUGGAAUGACCUCUUUGAGGGCAGUGCUCUUAUCGCAGAAGCUUCGAGAUAUGGGCCUGACGAUGCCGCUGAGUGCUAUCUAUGAGUUGCAGACCGUGAGAGCCAUCGCAGAGCAUUUGGCAACUCAGGCGACGAACAACGAGUCUUCAGCGGGAGAGGAAAUCGAGGUCGCGCAUUGCGAGCUGGGAGUUUCUAGAGGUAUGAGAUCACUUGGCUUCUUCCUUUGUCGCCUGCUUGUAUGGGUUUGGAUCAGCGGCGUGGUGAUUUGGCCGGCCAUGCUGCCUCUGAGCCUGGCUCGGAGUGUGGUGGUGAAUGGAGCCAUUCCAGCCUUCGCAUGUUUGGUGCUUGUCUGCUACCCCUUGUAUUUGUUGACGACCAUGUUCUUGGUCGUCUUGACGAAGUGGCUGGUGGUCGGCCAAUAUCGAGCAGGUUCACUGGCACUGAACUCAUGGGCGUUUCUACGCUGGUGGGCAGUGGAUCGACUGGUGAUCUUUGUGAAUGAGUUGUGCUUCAGUGCCUUCCGCGGGGGUCCAGUAUGGUUUCUAUACUUGCGCGCGCUGGGUUUGCGAGCUUCUGGAUAUUGUCGCAUCGACACGCGUUACAUUUCUGAGUUCGACCUCAUCACCUUGGGAAAGUUCUGCGGAAUUUCCGAGGGCGCCAAGCUGCGGCCUGCCGUGGCAGAGGCGGGGACACUCCAUUUGCGCGGCCUGGUCUUUGGAGAUUAUUGCGCCGUGGGAGAAAAUGCCGUGUGUACAGCUGGUUGUGUGGCUGGAGACAAUGUAACACUUCAGCCAUUGUCUUUGUUUUCCGGGCGCACCGGGCGCACACUACCAGAUGGUUCCGUUUGGAAGGGCGCUCCAUUGGUCCAAUCCAGGCAGCAACCGAUUCGUUUCCCUCCGGGCAUCUUUUGCCGUGAUCUCUUCGGAGAGAUCUUUGCCUUGCUGCUGGCACUCUCCUUGCAGACCCUCUGCAGUAUGUGCGCCUACUGCGCGUUUGGUUUCCUGUCAGAGGUGCAAGGUUUCCGUCAAGCCGACGGCAAUGUGUGGCAGUGGCAAGAUCAAGCAGAGGGUUGGCUGUUUGCCGCCACGUGGCUUCUCUUUGGUCCCCCAGUGAUGGCAUCUGCAGACGUGCUGCUGGGUCUGGAUUUGGCCAGCCUCACAGAUCAGGUGGGCCAGGAUCUGGGGAUGAGUCGCUUGGAGUUUGGCCUACGCCUGGCAGGUAUGGUAGCUGUGAGUUUCGCAAUCUAUGGAUGGUCUCUAACCAUCUUCUCCGGACUUCUCUGCAGGCACAUUCGCGGUAGUCGCAAUCAGAACCACUGGUUCUUCCAGGUUCGUCGAGUCUUGCUGAGGCUGACCUUCUUCCGCUAUCCUGCACAGCUCUCGGGCACCUGGGCGAUGUCGUUGUACCUACGCCUCCUGGGCGGUGACGUCUCCUUGUUCGCGACGGUGGCGAUCAGCGAGCCGCCACUGGAGCCUCGGAAGCUGCACGUGGCAGAGGGCGCCUUGCUCUUGAGCCACCAAGCUCUGGGCGACUGCCAGGUUGGAAAAGGUGCCAUCGUUGCUGGGGACGCUGUGAUGUUACCACACUCACAUGUUGAGUCUCGAGCCAUUGUGGGCGCCAUGAGUGUUGCUGGAAGACCAGUGAAAUCGGACCUGCAACUUGUUGGCAAUCCUGGUGUGAUCAUGCGCCGUGGCACCUUGAGCAAAGCUCCGGCCAGCAGCUGGGGGCGCCGCUGGUUGCGCAGGGCAGUCUGCAUCUUCUAUCCACUGCUGGCACCCGGCUUGCUGCAGCUACUGCUCCUCAUCACGCUUCUCCCGGCAAUGUACUUGCUGACAGUCUUGCUCAACAUGUUCACAAAGAACCUGCGUGGCUGGUCGAGUACCCUGGCAUAUUGCCCUGAUCUAACUGGAGGGAAGUCUCAUUUUUGCUACUGA